AUCUCACUAUCCUUUCCACAGUUAAUAUUAUACUAUGUCAAAUAGACAAAGCAAUGGGUAGGAGUUGAUUCAAGCUCAACCAUGGAGUUAAGUGGAAAUGACAGUUUCACCCAUCAAUCUCCCUCUACAGAACUAUCACUUCAGCAAGAAUUCAUCAUAAAUAAGACUAUACUCACUCAUGAAACCAACCAGCAUAUUGUGGAUUGCAAGAUUUUGUUUCAAGCCAUGGAAAAUGUCAUGUUCUACGCGUCUAAUUCCAGCAAUGUUAUUGAUGAUGUGUGCAUUCUUGAUGGUAUUGAAAACUUUGCUUCCAAAGAAACUUUGGAUCAUGCUGUUUAUAAAAUUUCACGUGCGAUACUAUUGCAGUGUCAUGACACCAUGGAUAUGCACACAAGAACUCUAGUUUUACUAGAGAUGUUAGGGAAUUACAGAUGGGAUGCAAAAGUGGUUUUAAUACUCACUGCAUUUGCAAUAAGUUAUGGUGAAUUUAGGUUGAUUCUUGAUGUUUAUGCACACAGUUCACUAGCAGCAUCACUUGCAACACUCAAGAACUUGUGUUGGAGAAAUUUUGAAGCUUUGAGACCCCAGCUUAGGGCUAUGGAAUUGCUAAUUAAAGAAAUGGUGGAACUGGCUAAGUGUGUGAUUAGAUUUGAAAGCCUGCCUCUUCAACUUGUACUUUGUGAUGAUCAUGGUUGUACUUUAAUGGCUGCUGUGAAGUCUCAGAUUUACUUGGCUACUUAUUGGAUCUUUAGAAGCUCAUUGACAUCUGCUUCUCAGAUCAGAGACUUGAUUGCCAUGAAGCAGGAGAAUUCGAAUGUAACUGCAAAUGCAGCAUGGGGUUUGUCUAGUUUGGCUCUUAGGUUGAGCAGAUUAUGCAAUUGCCUCAGACUACAGGUUGAUGCAUCUCAAAAACAGAUAGAGGAGAAAUUGUACAAAAUGCUGAUGGAUCUUCUCAAGGAUCAGACACAAGUUGAUAAUCAAAAAGUGCUUCACUUAUUCUUUUCUUUGAAUGAUGAUAUGCCCCUCAAAGAUUCUUCUUGUUCUCAGUCAAAGGUAGGUAUAUCUAAACUGAAACAGAAGAUAGUAAUGCUUUUGGUUUCAAAGCCGGAUCUUUUGCCAGUAGAUCAAACUCUAUUGCUGCUACAGCAAACACAUGAGCAUCCUCACAACAAGAACAUAGAGCAAGAUUACGAAAUAGUGUGGGUCCCCAUUUCGUCUUCAGAAACAUGGACUCUUGAUGAACUCAUAAGUUUUGAUUACUUAUCGAACUCGUUACCAUGGUUGUCAGUCAGGCAACCAUGGUUGCUAAACUCAGCAGUUGUGAGAAUGAUGAGAGAAGAAUGGAAGUUUGAAGAAAAUCCAUUAAUGGUAGUAUUAGAUUCACAUGGAUUGGUUUCGAAUUACAAUGCAAUGGACAUGGUGUUGAUUUGGGGAGCAAAAGCUUUUCCUUUUUCGGAAUGGAGAGAGAAAGAGCUUUGGGAGGAACAAAAAUGGAACUUGCAGCUUAUGUUUGAUGGAAUAGAUCAAUCCCUAACGAACACUGUGGAUGGAGGCCGAAAUAUUUGCAUAUGUGGAAGUAGUAACCUAGACUGGAUAGAGGAAUUCGAAUCAAGAAUCAAGAAACUACAAAAUGCAGGCUUGCAGAUUCAAGUAAUCUACAUCGGAAGCAGAAACGCCAGUGAACACACGCAAACAAAAGUAGGGUUUUUCAACAAAGACAUCUCCUUCACUCCCAUAAAGAUUCGGUUUUUCUGGCAAAGAUUGGAGAAGAUCAAAGAUUCAAUCCUUCGUGUAGGCCAAUUUCAUAACUUUGCUAACUAUGAAACCCUUUUGAAGCAAGUCUCAGAAUUGCUAGACACCGAUGAUGAUAACAACAAUUGGGCUGUUUUUGGAUGUGGGAAUUCUAAAGAUUUGGUGAAGUUACAAGGAAACAAAAUCUUGACAUUCUUUGAAAGGGUUCAUGUUUGGGCUCUAAAACUUGCAACAUUGGGGUUGGUGGGUGCGAUCAGAAGCGUUGAUGAUGAUGAAGUGAACAACACGAUGAUGACUUGUGAUCACACAAACAUGGUUCCAUAUGAUCAAGGACCUGUGAUUUGCGAUAAAUGUAAGCGUCUGAUGAAACCGUUUGUUGUUUAUCAAUGUGAUGGAUCCAAAUAAAGUGUUUUAGAUUAGUAAUAAAGACGAUGUUGUUUUAUCGAAAAACAUCCAUGAAAUAAGUGUAGUUCUUUAUAGUCACUGUUUUGUAUUGUUCACACAGUAGCCUCGGUAC